AAGCAACAAAAUAAUUCACUUUGUCUUUGUUCUUUUCUUCCCACCUUUGAAAACAAAAAACAACAACAACAACGUACGUAGUACUUCUGAACAAUUCUUAAGGAACUGAGAAUGAGAAGGAGUUAAUAAUGAACAACACAUCAUUCUUCGGUAUCAAGUUUCAUUCUUCUCUCAAAGGUUACAAUGCUAUCACUUUCAACACUAGCAAUCAUUUGCAGUUAAAGAGAAGAAGAAGAAGCUUAUUGCAGAAAACUAAAAGGUGGUGCACUGUAUCUGCCAAACAUGGAAACCCAAUAAGGCAAGAUUUUAGUUUUUGUUGUCAAAAUGUUAACUUUUUAAGGUUACACCAUGUUUCCAUAAAUGGGUCUAGGUUGAAAUGUUCCAAUAAGGAACCACGUUUUUCUUCUCCUUUCUUCAUCCCUUUGUGGAAAGAAGGGAUUUUUUUGAUUAGGGUAUGUGUUUAUACUGUUGUUAUAUCUGGUUUGUGUCUGUUGGUUUGGUUUGGAAGUAAUAAAGUUAAGGGUUAUGUUGAAACCAAACUAUUGCCUUCUGUUUGUUUAGUAAUUAGUAAGCAAAUUCAGCGCGAUUUUCGCAUUGGAAAGGUUAGAAAAAUCUCUCCUUUGAGUUUGACAUUGGAGUCAUGUUCAUUUGGGCCUCAUAAAGAGGAGUUUUCUUGUGGUGAGGCUCCUAUUGUUAAGCUUCGGCUUCACCCUUUUGUUAGUUUGAUGAGGGGAAAGGUUGUGGUUGAUGCAGUUUUGUCAAAUCCAAGUGUAUUGAUUGUGCAGAAGAAGGACUAUAGUUGGUUAGGGAUACCGAAUACUGAAGGCGGUAUAAAAAGGAACUUGCCUACAGAAGAAGGGAUCGAUCAUCGGACUAGAACAAAGAGGCUAGCACGAGAGGAAGCUGCGGCCCGGUCAGCGGGCGAACGGGAUGAUGCAGCUAGGGAAGCUGCAGAGAUGGGUUACUUUGUUUCUGAGUCCUUCCAAGGCGAUGAUUUACAGGAGACUCAAGUUCAUUCAAGAGGAACAACCGAUUCCAGUUCCUUUUUCUGCAUGAAUGAAGGGAAGCACAGUCACCAUUGUGUAGACAAGGGUGUUGAUUAUGAAAUGAAACAUGGAGAUUUAGAAAAGCCUUUUAGAGUGAAGUUUCCUGGUUCAUCAGGACUUAAGUUUUGGUCCAGACUCAUAAAAAGGCAUUGGAAGCACAAAUUUAAGAGGAAGUCUAAGAGGAGUGACCUCUCUGCAUCUGGUGUUGCUAUUAAAAGAAGAAUUCUCGAAAACAGUGCAUCAGCAGCACGUUCAUACUUUCGCAGUCAUUCUAUGAAUCCUGAUACACAUUUGGUAAAAAAUGAUGUUGACAUAAUUACAGAAUCUGCUGCCAGUGAUGAUGAUGAUAAAUGUAUUAUUGCAGAACAUGUAGAUGAGGUAGAUGUUCUGCAGCCUGAAGACCUCACCAAGACUCUUCCCAUUACAUUGGAUGCUGUUCAUUUCAGAGGCGCAACUGUGAUGCUACUUGCAUAUGGAGACAGUGAAGUUAGGGAGAUGGAGAAUGUCAAUGGUCAUGUGAAGUUUCGUAAUCACUACAGCCAUAUAAAUUUACACCUGAGUGGAGAUUGUAAGCCAUGGAGGUCAGAUGUUACAUGCAAAGAUGGCGGUUGGUUGUCUGCCAAUGUUUUUGUUGACAUUACUGAGCAAAAUUGGCAUACUAAUUUGAAAGUUGACAAUCUUUAUGCUCCGCUAUUUGAAAGGAUCCUAGAAAUUCCAAUUACAUGGUCUAAAGGGAGGGCCAGCGGUGAGGUUCACUUGUGCAUGUCUAAAGGUGAAACUUUCCCAAAUCUUCAUGGACAGCUUGAUGUGACCGGAUUAAACUUCCAACUAUUGGAUGCUCCAUCAUGUUUUUCCAACAUAUCAGCAAGUUUGUGUUUUCGUGUUCAAAGGAUAUUUUUACACAAUGCAUGUGGCUGGUUUGGCAGCAUUCCUCUAGAAGCAUCAGGAGAUUUUGGAAUUCACCCCGAGGAAGGCGAAUUACAUAUUAUGUGCCAGGUUCCUGGUGUUGAAGUGAAUGACUUGAUGAGAACUUUCAACAUGAAAUCUUUCUCCUUCCCGCUAGCAGGAUCAGUAACUGCUCUGAUUAACUGCCAAGGCCCACUUGAUAAUCCUGUUUUUGUGGGAACUGGAAUGGUUUCUAGGACAUUAUCUUCUUUACAUGUUGACACUCCUGCAACUGUAGCAUCUGAAGCACUUGCUAAAAGUAAAGAGGCUGGUGCACUGGCAGCAUUUGAUCGCGUGCCAUUUUCAUACAUAUCUGCCAAUUUUACUUUCAACACUGAUAACUGUGUUGCCGAUUUAUAUGGAAUUAGGGCAAGCCUUGUGGAUGGUGGUGAAAUUCGAGGGGCUGGAACUGCAUGGAUAUGCCCAGAGGGUGAAGAGGAUGAGACAGCAAUAGAUGUCAACUUUUCUGGAAGUUUAGACAUUGAAAAAAUCAUGCUUCAUUACAUUCCCAAUUAUCAUAGUUUGAUGCCACUCAAACUAGGGGUAUUACAUGGAGAGACAAAAAUUUCGGGAUCUCUUUCAAAACCAACACUUGAUAUAAAAUGGACUGCACCUUCUGCAGAAGGGUCUUUUAGUGAUGCUAGAGGAGACAUCUUAAUCUCACAUGAUUUCGUUACUGUUAAUUCUGCUUCAGCUGCAUUUGAUUUGUAUAUGAAAGUUCGAACAUAUCGUUCUGAUGAUAUUUCUCUUACAAGAGAAGAUUUUUGUCCAAAAGCUACUCCAUUUACUUUUGAUGGGAUUGAGAUUGAUCUGAAUAUGCAUGGGUUUGAAUUCUUUCGCUUGGUUACUACUUAUACAUUGGAUUUUCCAAAACCUUUGCUCCUGAAAGCUACUGGAAGAGUAAAGUUUCAAGGAAAGCUUUUAGAACCCAGUUGCACUAUGAUGGAACAAAAUUUUGACAAUAAUGGGCAACAUCUACACAUAUUGGAGAAAGGAAGUGCAGAUUAUCUCGUUGGUGAGGUUUCAAUCUCUGGUCUCAAACUGAACCAAUUGAUGCUUGCACCUCAGCUGUCUGGGUUGUUGAGACUUUCUCCCGAGUGUAUCAAGUUGGAUGCCUCUGGUAGGCCUGAUGAAAGUCUUGAAGUGGAGUUUAUUGGGCCACUACAGUCCAGUGAUGAAGAUGGUCUGCAAAGUGGACAACUGUUGUCUAUUUCACUUCAAAAGGGGAAAUUGGGGGCCAGUGUCAGUAUCCAACAAAGUCAUUCAGCCAGCUUGGAGAUACAAAAUUUUCCACUUGAUGAGCUGGAGCUUGCUUCUCUCAGGGGAACUAUUCAGAGGGCAGAAAUCCAGGUUAAUCUUCAAAAACGAAGAGGACAUGGAAUCUUAUCUGUACUUCAGCCAAAAUUCAUUGGUGUUCUUGGUAAAUCCCUGGAUGUGGCGGCUAGGUGGAUUGGAGAUGUUAUCACAAUUGAAAAAGUUAUCUUUGAACAAAGCAACAGUCAUUAUGAACUUCAAGGUGAAUAUGUGUUGCCUAGAGCCUGUGAUCGUAAUCCUGUUGAUGGAAAAGAGGACGGCUUUUUAAAAAGGCUAAUUUCUAGGCAUCUUGGUAGCGUUAUAUCCUCGACGGGCAGGUGGAGAAUGAAACUUGAAGUAUGUAGAGGGGAGAUUGCUGAGAUGCUUCCUCUUGCAAGACUUCUUUCUCGUAGCACAGAUCCUACUGUUCUCUCAAGAUCAAAGGAUUUUUUUAUUCAAAGUUUGCAGUCGAUGGGAUUAUAUUCAACAAGCUCUCAACAACUGCUUGAGUUAAUAAGGGGGCACCAUGCUCCAUCACAUGAUGCUGUUCCUGAAGAUUUAAAUCUGCCCGAUUUAUUUGAUAUCAAAGGUCGCUGGCAUGGCUCUCUUGAUGCAAGUGGUGGAGGGAAUGGAGACACCCUGUCAAAAUUUGACUUUCACGGUGAGGAUUGGGAGUUGGGAGACUAUAAAACUCAGCGCGUCUUGGUUGUUGGUGCUUACAGUAAUGAUUAUGGUAUGCACCUGGAGAAUUUCUUUAUCCAGAAUGAUAAUGCCACCGUUCAUGCUGAUGGAACUUUGUUAGGGCAUAAAACCAACCUUCAUUUUGCCAUCUUAAACUUUCCUGUUAGUCUAGUCCCAACUGUUGCACAGCUUGUUGAGUCUACCGCAACAGGCUCUGUUCAUUCUUUUGGGCCUCCAUUAGCAGUUAUUAAGGGUAUCUUGCAUAUGGAAGGAGAUCUUAGAGGAAGUUUAACAAAUCCAGAAUGUGAUGUCCAAAUAAGGCUCCUUGAUGGUUCCAUCGGCGGAGUUGAUCUUGAACGAGCAGAAGUUGUUGCUUCUCUAACACCAACCAGUCGUUUUCUAUUCAAUGCAAAAUUUGAACCUAUAAUCCAACAUGGUCAUGUACUAAUUCAAGGAAGCAUUCCGGUUACUUUUGAUCAAAGCAACAUGUUACAGCAAGAUGCAGAAUUGGAUAAGAGUCGGGCUAGUUUGGUUCCUGAUUGGGUGAGGGAGAAAAAUAGAGGGACAACUGCUGAUGCCAGAAACAAUAACAUUUUUAGAGACAGAAAUGAAGAAGUUUGGAACACACAGUUAGCAAAAAGCCUUGAAGGUUUAUAUUCGCAAAUUUUAGAUGUCGAAGAAGUCAGGGUGGAUGCCGAUAUAAAAGAUGGGGGAAUGAUGCUGGUAACAGCUUUAUCUCCUUAUGCCAAUUGGCUUCAUGGCAAAGCUGAUGUCAUGCUUAAGGUGCAAGGUACGGUUGAUCAACCAUUGCUUAAUGGCUAUGCAAUAUUCCAUAGGGCGUCUAUAUCUUCACCAGUGUUUCGGAAGCCGCUAACCAACUUUGGUGGUACUGUUCAAAUGAAAUCAAACAAGUUAUCCAUCACCUCACUGGAGAGUAGGCUAAGCAGAAAAGGGAAACUGCUUGUAAAAGGGAACCUUCCUCUCAGAGCUAGUGAAGCAACCGUCGAUGACAAAAUUGAGUUAAAGUGUGAUGUUCUAGAAGUGCAUGCGAAAAAUACUUUAAGUGGCCAGAUUGACACCCAGUUGCAAAUAACUGGUUCAAUAUUGCAACCAAUCAUUUCUGGGAAUAUUAAACUUAGUCAUGGAGAAGUAUAUUUGCCACACGAUGGGGGUAAUGGUGAUGGUCCAACAUUUGCUUCAAAUCAAUCUGCACUUUCUGCUGGUAGUAGUGAUAGUCAAGCAUUUCCUUCAAGAUAUAUUUCACAGUAUUUUGGCUCAAGACCUGCUUCUUCGACGACCAAAUCUUCUCAAUCCUCUACCUUUGUGAAUGAGUCGACUCAUGCUGAUAAGGACACGGAGAAAAUGAAGAUAAAACCAAGUAUAGAAACUCGCCUUAGUGAUUUGAAGCUUGUGCUUGGACCAGAAUUGAAGAUAGUUUAUCCUUUGAUUCUUAUAUUUACUGUUAGUGGAGAGCUCGAGUUGAAUGGUCUCUCCAAUCCCAAAUGUAUAACACCUAAGGGUAUACUGGUACUUGAGAAUGGUGAAGUUGAGCUACUAGCAACACAGGUUAGAUUAAAACGGGAACAUUUGAAUAUUGCGAAGUUUGAGCCUGAGUAUGGACUAGAUCCAAUGCUAGAUUUAGCCUUGGUUGGAUCUCAGUGCCAAUAUAGGAUUCAAGGACGGGCUAGCAAUUGGCAGAGCAGUGUGGAACAGGAUACACUUUCACCUAAUGAGGCUGUCAGAAAAUUAGAGAGUCAGUUAGCAGAAUCCAUUUUGAAAGGCAAUGGUCAACUUGCCCUUGGAAAACUUGCAACGGCUACUCUUGAAAAAAUAAUGCCACGGAUAGAAGGGAAGGGUGAGUUUGGCAAGGCUAGGUGGAGGGUAGUAUACUCACCUCAGGUUCCUAGUUUGAAAUCUGCUGGUGCUACGGCAGAUACUUUUGAGUUUCUUGCCAGUAAUCUAACAUUUGGAACAGAUGUUGAAGUCCAGCUUGGGAAACGCCUACAGGCCAGAGUAAUUAGGCAAAUGAAGGAGUCAGAGAUGGCAACACAAUGGUCCUUGAGCUAUCAACUCACAAGUCGCUUGAAUCUGCGCCUACAAUCCUCUCCAUUACUAUGCAUAUUUUUUGAAUACUAUGCUACAACCUAGGGCUUGUUACUCUUACCUUAGGUAUUGGUAUAUUAAACCUGCACCUUUGCUUCAAAUGAAAGGAUGUGUGUAAAAAUGUAGAUAGAUAAAUAUUCUUGUGCUCAGAUUGAGCUUGUUAAUAGGAUAGAUACUGAAUUCAUAAACAUUCUUAGUAUUGUAUAUUGAUGAAAGAAAGUAUAGCAAGAUUAGAUAGAAUGACAGAGAAGGAAUGCAAGUGUAAAUUCCUCAUUCAUCUACCUUCAUUUAAAGUUCAAGCUUUUAGGCAUUUAUUUAGAGUUUUUGAUGACAUGAU